AUGGGUAUCGAGAGCAGCCUCAACCAGCAAACGACUGCCGUCAACGGAGGUAGCAGUGCCCAACCCACACCCGCUAACUCCGACGACGGAUCAGGAUGGGGCGACAGGCUAUGGCUAGGUGGCAAAAAUGAGGGACUGGGUCAUGCAGAUGCUCCUAAUCCGAAAUCAACAAUGGGCGGCUUCCUUGCUUUGGAUGAACAGAAGACGCGCGGAGAAAGCAAACUCUCUGAACGUCAGAACUUGGUCGACUUUGAGAAGACCAGUGUCAGACCUAUCAAUGCCGAAGGAGAGCCCACUUGCGCCAGUGAGGAUCAUUCUUUCAUGAAGCAUAAGGCUGGAGAUCCGGACACAUAUCCCGGAUGGAGUACAGUCAAGAACAUUUUCGGCAGGUGA